CAUACUUCCAAUAAUCAGUAGGAUUGCUGUAUAUUCACAAACGAAUAAAGAGGAGAUGAUAAAAUAAAUACGAAAUAAAUACCAUUCAAGAUGGUAACUGGAGAAAACACUCAAGUCGUGCCCAUAGAGAAUGUCUGUGUGGCAGACGAGCAGAAGAUCCUAUGUGUCGUCCGUGACAUGGUGGAUGUGAAUUGUGCUGGCAUCAAGCACACACUCAACCUGCCGGCAUCAACAUCUGUGGCAAGACUUAUUUCGGAUCUUGCAGAAAAAUUCUCCUAUUUGGCAGAAACUAUCUCGGUCCACUAUGAAAAACAAGUUGGAUCUGAAAUAGAGGAGAUGCCAUUGGAGCACUUCCUGAACAGAUCUGUAGCUGAUGUGUGUGUGGCAGGAGUGAGACGCCAUGACUUCACCAUCAAUGAGAGAGAAGGAAUUACAGCCCGUAAAGUGGAGGCUUCACUACCGCAACAAUGUGUUGCCACAUGUGCCACCGAAGCGGAAUCAGACAUGGCAGGCUCCUCGGAUGUGGUGGCCUCCUCAUCAGGCUACUACAGUGGCGGUGCUAGUGGUACUAGUUCUGGUGACGUCUAUACAUUUUCAACCUAUUCUGACAGCUCCUACAGCUAUUCUGCUGCACUCAUGAAGUCUGAUACAGGAUAUGUUGGACUUGUAAACCAAGCAAUGACAUGCUACCUCAACAGCCUUUUACAGACACUGUAUAUGACUCCAGAAUUCCGUAAUGCUUUAUACAGGUGGGAAUUUGAUGGAGCAUAUGAAGAAUCAGAAAAGAAUAUUCCAUACCAACUUCAAAAGUUAUUUCUACAAUUACAAACUAGUCAAAAGCGAGCUGCUGAAACAACAGAUCUGACCAAAAGUUUUGGUUGGGAUAGCAGUGAAGUUUGGCAACAACACGAUGUACAGGAGCUCUGUAGAGUGAUGUUUGAUGCAUUAGAACUGAAGUGGAGAAACACAAACCAAGCCAACCUGAUUAACCAGCUAUACCAGGGAAAGAUGAAGGAUUAUGUCAAAUGUUUGGAGUGUAGUAAUGAGAGUGCCCGUGUCGAUUCGUAUCUGGACAUUCCUCUUGUCAUAAGGCCUUUUGGUGCAACUACAGCCUACGGUAGUGUGGAAGAAGCAUUAAAUGCAUUUGUCCAGCCAGAAACAUUAGAUGGAAGUAACCAGUACUUUUGUGAAAAGUGUAACAAAAAGUGUGAUGCUCAUAAGGGCCUCAAAUUCCUGUCCUUUCCAUACCUCCUAACACUACAGUUGAAGCGUUUUGACUUUGACUACACAACAAUGCACAGGAUAAAACUCAAUGAUAGAAUGACUUUCCACGAGGUAUUGAAUUUGAACCAUAUGGUAGACGACAAUGAUGAAGAUGAGGAGGACUUGAUGCGGACAGCGGCUGGAGGGAAGGUGUCGGAGGGCCCACUGGAGGACAGCAGUGAUGAAGCCGGUACUUGCGGCGUGUUCACAGGCAUUGAUGUAGGGGCAGAGAGUGAGUUGGGAGCAGUCCAGACACCUUCAGAUGACCAGCAAAGUCUUUCCAGUGAAGCUGCUGCCAACACUAAAAACGCCAAGGAGUCUGAGUGCACGGGUCCAUAUGUGUAUGAACUGUUCUCCAUAAUGAUCCACUCUGGAAGUGCUGCGGGUGGACACUACUAUGCCUACAUCAAGUCGUUUGUAGAUGGACAGUGGUACAGCUUUAAUGACCAACACGUAUCUAAGAUUGGCUAUGAUGAGAUCACAAAGAUAUACGGAGGUGCCCCUGUAUCGAGAGGUUAUUACUCAGCUACCUAUAGCAGUUCUACAAAUGCUUACAUGCUAAUGUAUCGCCAAGUUGAUAAACAGAGAAAUGCUGAUUUUGUACAACCAGAUAAUUUCCCAGAGCAUAUAAGACAACAACUUCAGCGACUAAAAGAUAAAGAUGAGGCAGAACAACGCCAAAAAGAACUGGAUAAAUCUACCUGCAAGAUAAAAACAUUCUGCUACCAUCCAAUACUGCGGAAGAAGCAAGAACAGCGACUAGAAGUUCACAAAGACAAGACAUUGGCUGAGGCCACAGAGAUGGUGUACAAUCUAUUUGAGUUACGGAGUGCUCUACCUUUGGACUGUUGCCGCCUGGUGAAGUAUGACGAGUACCAAGAUACAUUGGAACGAUCAUUUGAAGGGGAGGAGGAUGUUCAGAUUGGCCAACUCCUGGGAGGUGUCAAGCAGACAUAUAACUUUGAUCUUCUCCUGGAGACAAAGAGACCAGAUCAGCAAUUCCACGAGUACAAACCCGGUGGAGUGACAGUGAAGGUGUUUGUUGUGGACAUGGAUUUAGAGAUCAUCCACGAACCCAUCAAUGUCCGGGCCUACAGUCCACAAACUGUUGCUGAAUUUAAGGAAAUAGUGUCUGAGGUGCUGGAUGUACCUGCCACAAAUAUGAGGUGUGUUUUGGAGCGGUUCCACAAUGAUCUCCGAUACCUGUGGAUGCCAAACAAAACUCUGAAGUCUGAAGGCUUCUUCAAGAGUAAUAAGGUUUACCUUGAGUACUCCGGAUUAGAAGACCCCAGUGCAGAUCAUUUUGUCAACAGUCGUUUCUACAAUCUAUUGGACCGUCACCAGAAUACCAUCAGGAUACAUGUCAGCUUGCCCUCUGUCGCUGAUGUAAAUGAGUUCAUAAAGAUCAGCCGGAGGCACUCUCAUCUAAUGGAGAGAGCAGUAAAUUGUGGGAAUACAACCAAAAGUCUGGAGAACUUAGUAGAUGGGGUAACAUCCAAAUACACGGGAGGCCACGAUCCCCUCGACAUUGAUGAAGGCAUCAGUGACCGUGGCAGUGAUAGUGAAGUAGACUUCAGGGUGAAAUCCCUCACUUUAAAACAGUCAAAAAGUGAUCCCUCCAUAUACCACAACUGUUGUCAAGUAGAUCAGCAGUAUGUGCAGUCAGCACGUGGUCAUGUCCCUGGUCAAGUUCGAACACUUAGUCUAACAGAACCAGGGUCCGAAGCUCGAGCAUGUAGUCCAAUAAUGGGUCAGAGUAUAGAAACAGGACCAAGCACAAGGCUUAGCCCGACAGUGUCUGAGGGUCGGACUAGUAGUCCUGUAAACGGACAGAGCAAUAGUAGUCAGGACACCAGUACCAGUGCAGAAUUCAGUCUCAACACAAACUUUAGUUUACUAGCGGAGUUUGACAGUGCGCGAGAAGUAGUGGAACACAGUAACAGUGACUCUGAGCAGGUAGAGCCGCCAUCUCCAGGUGAGCGCACCAUCAGUGAUUUAGACUUUAAAAAGGAGCCAAGUGAGGAUGUUGGUGGGGCGACAGAGAACUGGGAUGCUGAAACACUGGAUGUAACACCUUCUGACGAAACACCAGAUGUAAUGGUCAUGCAUGAGGAGAACGUCCGACGAUACUUCAGUGUGGUUAGUGAGGAGGAUGACAUGCUAUCCAGACAGAGACAUCUGACUGUGCGAGUGGAUAAGAGAAUAACAUUAGGAGCCUUUAAAAAAGAACUAGAACCAUACGUCCAAACAACUGUAGAUAAUUUCAAGGUAUACAGAGUAUAUUCGAAUAAUCAAGAGUUUGAAAGUAUUCGGCUUUCAGAAACAAUGAGUUUCUUUGAGGAUGGAAAGCUAAAUAUUAAACUUGGACGGGCUCUGAAGCCAGGAGAAUACAGAGUGAAGGUUUAUCAGCUACAGAUUAAUGAAGCCGAGCCUAGUAAAUUUUUGAUAGACACAAUAUUUGCCAAAGGAAUGUCAGUACUGGAAUCCAAGAAGUUGAUUAUUCCUGAAAUAAAAGAACAGUGCAAUAUUGAGGUCUCACUGGACAGAUGCCGUUUGCGUAAGAAGACGUGGAAAAACCCAGGGACAGUGUAUACUGAUGCCCAGGUAUAUGAAGAUGAUUUACCUAUCUUUGCCAACUGGGAGGUCUUCUUACAAAUACUUGAUGGUCCCGAGUUAAUGGUAUCUACGUCCCAGCUCUCAAUCUUUGUUCGAAGAUGGAAACCAUCCGCCUAUGAGUUUGGUCCCUUUGAGGAAAUUAUACUGUGUCAGCAAACUUUAGAAGAACUUAAGGAGAAGCUUUCUGAGGUGAGUGGGAUAGCCCUGGAGAAUGUGGAGUAUGCUAAAGGACGUGGCACAUUCCCUUGUGAUAUCUCCCUUCUAGAGGUGCACACCGACCUGGACUGGAACCCAUAUGUCACCACACUGAACUCCUGGCCAUUGUACAUCUGUGAUGACGGCAACGUCCUGUACUACAGAGACAAGACUGAGAAACUGAUGAAACUGUCAGAUGAUAGAAGGAAGGAAUUACAAAACAAAGAAAAUGCCAGAUUGUCAAGGAGCUGUGGAAAGAGCACGUAUUCACCACGAAAAGAAAAGGCCCUGAAAAUCUACACUGAUGACACUCCAGUCAAGUCCCAGGAUCUAGAUUGAAGUCUAUCGUGAUUAUACGUACAAACAAGGCUCUAAUUCCAGGAUAAACACAGAAGUGUAUUGUUAUACAAUGACCUAGUGAUCCCCAGAAGCGAGAUUAAAGUUUUUCUUAACAACAAUGUCAUCCCAGGAUCUAGUCUGAAUGAUACUCUUACAUAACACAGUAACAUAGACUUAGAUUGAAGUGUAUCAUUCAACAAACAAGACUUCAGUUCCAGGAUUUUGACUGAAAUGAUUGUUAUUAUUGUACAACUCAAGCAAAAAACCCUCCGCACACAUGAUCUAGCCUGAAUGUUGUUACUUCAAACAACACCCCAAUCCUAGACUCGCGACUGAAGUGGAAUAGUUCAACUGUGAUUAGACAAUGAUUUAUUUCGGGUACUUGUUCAUUUUUUUCCAUAAUUUUAUGUUCCAACCUCCAACAAAAAGGAUAACUAUUCUUAAUAUCGAUGCCUUGCCCGAUGUUGUUGAAAUUCUGGAUACUUGUGAAUAGUCUCGGUGGUGAAUUAGUGUGUAAUGUAGACAUGUUUAUGUAUGUCUUCUACUCACAAAGUGUAAAUGUCAUUGCUCACUGUGGCUUGUAUGUAUGUUAUGCUUGUGUACAAGUGUAGAUGGAAAGGUUGUAUUUCAGCUUUGUGGUGAAAUAUUAGCACUGGUAUGUGAGAUAUAGAAUUCAUAUUAAAUGUAUUGUUUGAGUGGCAUGUGAAAAAAUAUUUCAACUGUAAUGCAUAUAUACAUAUAUACAGAAGUGUGAUAAGAAACAAAUCUAAAAGUCUUUCAAAAGAUUGUGUAAUUCAUUUGUCAGAGGAUUGCUUAAAUUGAAUGUGUCGUAUUUCAGUUUUACCGAUUUGUAUGCGAGCCAUUGCUGUCAGAAAGAGAAGAAUGUAGUAGAUUGUAAACCGGUUACUCUGUCAGGGAACAUGUACUAUUUAUUUUUCAUAUUGAAUAUAUGUGUCGGAAAUUUUAAUUGUUUGGAAAACAUUACUACUAUGUAAUUUGUUCAUAUUUGAUGUCAGAUACAGGUUAGGUAUAAUACCUUCCAAGAGUUUUGAGGUGGAUUAAAAUCUUUGUAUUUUUUUAUGAAAGUUCAUUCAGAAUUUUCUUUGAUCUUAAUUUCUAGUGUUGAAAAACAACACUAGAAAUUAAGAUCAAAGAAAAUUCUGAAUGAACUUUUCUCUGACAGAAAUAUAGUGUUCACCAUUGCAAUGUAGAUAUUUGGUUAAGAAGCAGGUGAGUUAUGUCCUGAGGUUUGUUUUCUUGAAGAAAGUUUAGAAUUUAAAUCAUUCAGACCCUGUCAUACAAGACUCAGUUGAAAAAGAUCAAAGAAAAAUAUGAAACAAAAGAUUCACAAAAACAUGAAAAAGAUCAAAGAAAAAUAUGAAACAAAAGAUUCACAGAAACAAUGGUGGGAAAUGAAUGCAGAAUUUCUCUACACCACGUAUCAACUGGAUAUAUUUUUCAUGUCAGAUCGAAAAAAUAUGGAUUUAAAGCAGUACUUGUGUUUUUGAGGACUAUGUGAACUAUUUUAAAGGAUGUACUAUAAAGUAAACACCUGCCAAAUUAAAUUUCUAUGUAAAUGUGACACUUUCCAAACAAACAUUACUUUUUAUUCGUGGACUGUGUUAGGUUACAUUGUACAUGACUGUGUUUUGUGUUGUCCAUCUUCAAACUCUUUUCUAAUGACACAGCACUUAAAAGUCGUCCAUGUCCAAAUCACCAUAUAUAACAGACUUAACAUUGUUUUUAGAGAGAUGUCAUAUAAAUCUUGUAUAGAACAUCUCUACCCAAGUUUAACUUAUAAAACAUUAGGAGAUGCUGCUCUGUAGUAAACCAGAUCUCAACCAUCCGAGUUGGUUCUGGAAUAUCAUUUCAAUUAAAUCUUUUCUAGACUUUUUGAGUGAAGGGAUAAAUAUCAAUAAAAUUUUAAAUCAGUUAAUACUGAUUUAUUAUUUAUGUUGAGGUUUAUCUUUUAAAUAUAUCUAACCAAAAUGAAAUAUUGUAAAAUGUAUGUAUUUUUUGAGAAUUUCUGGAAGAUUUGAAAUGAAAAAUGAUUAUAAAUUUAAGAGACUGUAUUACUGCAGAUGUUUUAUGAAAUGUAUUAACUAGAAACAUUGCGUCCAACUAUGUUCCUUAUUCGAUCUGUUUAAAUGCAUUUUAAUAAAGUCUUUGUAUGUGUCUGUUAUAGAUAUUGUUGUUACACACCAGUAGGAGAUUGUUCCUCAAAUUAGAUAUCCAUAUGGAAGUUUGAGUGAAGUGUAUUCUGAAAAAUUGUUUUAAAAUGUAUAUCCAAAAUGUUAACGCAUGCAUGCAAAAUAUUUAGGUUGAAAAUUUUCACCCAACAUCUGCCAUCAUCUCUGAUAACCUUUUGAACUAUUUUCCUUUGUAUAAACAUUUGGAAUAUCUGUUGAACAUGUAUCUUGACAAGCAUUCGUGUAUGUCCAGAUUCCAGAUAUUUGACGAGUUGCCAUGUAUAUUGUUAAUUUUUUGUAUUCCACUGAUAAAAAGUUGAAUGUAUUAUAAAGCUGAUGCUGCUAAAGCUGUUGAUGUUGAGCUGGUGAAUGUUGCUCAGACUGCAGUCUCUCCAAACCAAGUGUGUGAUGUCCUCUGUUGUCUGUUAAUUAGUGGGAUACUUGUGUGUGAUCUCUUGGUAAAGACAUUGCGUAUUAUCAGAUAUUUUUUCUUCAGGAUUGUACAGGAUUUGUAUGAAGGCUUCAAUUUCACGAAUCGUUGAUCUUCGAUAAGAUUAUUUUCCUUAACUGAAGCUAAAGGAACAUUGGUGAAAUGGAGGCCAGAUCUAAUUCUCUUCAUACAGGCAGAUACAAACAAAACGGCACAUAUCGUCAGAUCAUCGAAUCAACAGUGUAUUUUCUAUUACAUUGUUUUCGUAAUUUUACAUGUUAAUAAAGAGCCAAGGUAAAUUCAUAGCAAGUGAUAUAGUGUAAUAAUUGCUUCUAUAGGGUUCAGCAUUGUGCAUGUGUCAUGUGAUUUACUUGAGUUAACAGACAGCAUGAGAAGUAACAGAUAAGUUUUUGAUUGAAUUAAUGUAUCGUGUCAUGAUAGUAGGCUUUUCAAAACAUAAGGCUUGGACAUCCUUUAGUUUACCUGGAUAUUCUUCAAGGAUAGCAUCAACACAUUUUGUAUGAAUUCAUCCAAGUAUCUUUCAAGUAGUACAUAUGCAGACAAGUUUUAUCAUGGCAUUCUUCAAGGUAAACAUGAUUUAAAAAAAUAACAGCUGGUCAUUUGAGUUUUCUGGUCUGGAUUAUAAUACACGCCAGAGGUAUUAGUUAUAGAUAGAUCGUGCAGAUUAGGAAACAGAUAACGCUGUCAGUGAAGGUGAUAUUGUACAUGUAUAUUGCCUUGUGAUAAUCUAAAGUGUUGUAAAUCCAUUUGGAAUUGAUGUCAGCUUGUCAGUGUUGUGAUU